UCGACCGCGGGCGGCGGAGUCGGCGUCGGCGGCGGCGGCGAUUCCACGGCGGCCGUCAUGAACCAGCUCAGCUCCGCCCACGGCCACUACUACCAGGAGAUCCCCCAGACCGGCCACCACUACGCCAACCACCUGGACGAGUACGACUCCCCCGUGGUCAAGGGCAGCCGCAAGUACCCCCAGGGGCGGCGGAUGCCCGGCGGGGGCUCGUCUCUGUCCUCGUCGGAUAACAACUCGGACACCACGUACGCAGAGAGCGACAUAAACUCGAGUCUCCGAGCAAAGAUGGCGGCCCUGGACAACGACGCCGCGGGCACGCCACCGGACCCGGCCCCUCCCGAGGUCCCUAUCCGGGGGCCCUCCCACCACCACCCGCUCCUGGCGGCGUCGCGUCGGGCGGGCGGCGCGAACCCGACCUCCAACAACACGGGCGUCGGAGGCCCCCCCUCGCCGCACUUCCAGGACCACCUUCAGGACGACACGUACCAGCAGCCCAACUCGAACGUCUUCCUCUCGCAAGAGUACUUGAUGAGCGGAGGCAGCCCACGGUACGGCACGGGUACGGCUGCCAAGAGUCCUGGGGCAGGGGGAGCUGUGCUGUACGGCCCCAGCACUACCCCGGACUACCUGUCUAUUAACAACUCUCAGCCCAGCAGGAUCCUGGGCACCCUCGGCUCUCAGAAGGGCUCCGUGGCGCCGGGAACCCUCCCGACCCUUCCCGCCGUCAGGAAUGACCUGCCCCUGGGCUCGGCCGGCUCCUUCUCCGGCCGGGGCCUCCACCUGGGCAAGACGUGGCGGGAGAGGUGCUCCUGGCGAUGCGCCGCCAUCGGACUCAUCCUCUUGUGCGCGACGCUGGCGGCGCUGCUGGCGUACUUCGCAGCCGUGGCCAGCCUGGACAGCGGGACGAAAGGCUGCAUCGUCGUGGAGGACCCGGCUCGGGUGAUCGCCGCCGGGGCCGAGUCAGCCGACGCGGAGACGACCACACGACCCACGCAGACUUACUCCCCCCCGCUGACCACCACCCUGGCCCGCGCCCCGAAGACCGACGCAGGAACGACCGAACUAACUCGCCUCCGGGAACUGAAUCGCCGUUACGUCAACAAGAUCCCUCCGCGAGGCUACUGGAACGCGCAGUUUGACGUCAAGCAGCUGAUGUUCAUGAGAUUCAACUUAACCGUUCCCCGCACGGCGCACCUGGCUAUCUUCGGACGCCGUAAUGUGGCCCCGUCUAUCACGCAGUACGAUUUCGUGGAGUUCAUCAAGAGUGGUCGUCCAGGGCGUGCCAAGAGGGAGGCUGAUUGGGCCGCCUCCGAAGCACCAGUGACAGAGGCGAUGGUCGUGACGUCACCAACCCCGAGUCUCCAGGAUGUCAUUGAAGUCUAUCCCUUCUUGCACGACCACCACCUCGACCUCAAACUCGGCCUCCAGGGCGCUCUCAAGGACGACCUCGAUGAUCUGGCCAAGUCGGACGACGGAAGUGAGCCUGAAGAACAGGAGAACGAGGUGAUAGAGGAGCCCCUAGCCUUACCUUCUCUUUCACGACCUCGACGUUACAUCCACGACCACAGCGUCAACUUGAGCCUGGUGGAGUACCUGGACACUGGUACCUGGUACUUGGCUAUAUACAACGACGGGAUCAGCGUAGCGGAGGUGGAGCUCUACCUAGGCGAGGCUCCGGAGCUCCAGUCGGCGUGUCCCAACGACUGCAGCAGCCAUGGGUCGUGCGUGCUGGGUCGUUGCGAGUGCGUCCAGGGUUGGAUCGGCGUCGACUGCUCCAAGAGUGUGUGCCCUAUGCUAUGCAGUAACCACGGCACAUAUGGCGGUGGGCUGUGCAUUGCGAGGUGGGCUGGAAAGGACGCGAGUGUGAUGUGCCAGACACGGAUUGUGAAGUGCCAGAUUGCGGUGGGCACGGCACUUGCGUCGCUGGGCCAGUGCCGGUGCCAACCUGGGUGGAAGGGCGACCACUGUGAGAUUGUGGACUGCGUGGACCCCACAUGUGGAGGCCGAGGCUGGUGCGUGGAGGGCCGCUGCGUGUGCAAGGCCGGGUGGACUGGAAACAACUGUUCCACCGUGGACGAGAAAGUGUUCACGUGUCUGCCCGACUGUUCAGGCCACGGCCACUACGACCUCCACACCUCCGCCUGCGUCUGUGACACCUACUGGACAGGACCCGAGUGCGGUGAAGCCCGAUGCAGCCUGGAGUGUGUACAUGGAGAGUGUGACAAGGGCGGCUGUGUAUGUGACAAAGGCUGGACAGGUGACCGCUGCGACCAGCUGGCGUGUGACCCUCGGUGCAGCCUACAUGGACAGUGCCACAACGGAACCUGCGUCUGCGUGCAAGGCUGGAACGGAAGGCACUGCACUAUUCCUGGCUGUGUAAACGGGUGUUCGGGCCACGGCAUGUGCACCACCGUGGACAGACAAUACAUGUGCGAAUGUUCGACCGGGUGGACCGGCCCCGACUGCUCGGUGCAGCUGGAGACCGACUGUGAUGACGAAAUUGAUAACGACGGGGACGGGCUGUUCGACUGCUCGGACUCCGAAUGCUGUUCCACCAAGGCAUGCACGGACCACGUCAUGUGCAUGGUGUCCAGCGACCCUGUAGAAGUCCUCCUGAGGAAGCAGCCUCCUGCCGUGACCGCAUCCUUCUACCAGAGGGUCAAGUUCAUCAUCGAAGACUCGAGUGUCCAGAGUUUCGCGCAGAAGGACGAGUAUAGCGAAAGUCAAUUUUGGAGCUCCUACAACCCACGGCGUGUCGCAGUGAUCCGCGGGCGUGUAGUGACUCCCCAAGGCCAGGGCAUCAUUGGCGUCAGGACCAGCGUCGACAAGGAGUCCCGCUUCGGCCUCACCGCCACCAGGAAAGGAGGAUGGUUCGACGUCCUGGUAAACGGAGGAGGCGCCGUGACCCUGCAGUUCCAGCGGGCGCCCUUCGAGCCUCUGACUGUCACAGUGCCAGUGCCAUGGAACCAGAUCGUGGUGCUUGACCCCAUCGUCAUGAGACUGAAGGGCCAGGAACCUCACGAAGACCAGCAGCAAAACAAUGCCGUAGGAGGCAGCGGAUGGGGCGAAGGGUGCCAAGAACACGACCACGGUGUCAUGGUGCCUCAAGUGGUGUCAACGUACCUGGCACACACCGUGGGAGGGGCGCCACACCUGCCCGUCGUCUUCACCGAGACCCAGGUGGUACAGGAGUCCCUACGUAUCCCCGGGAGCGAGCUGCACCUGCUGUACCACUCCAGCAGCGUCUCCGGGUACCUGUCCACGCUCCUCCUUCAGCUCACGCCGGAGACAGUACCUGCUGCGCUCUCCAUGGUGCACCUCAAGGUGACACUCGAAGGUUCGGUGUUCGAGAAGGUGUUCGAGGCCGACCCAAAUAUCACCUACACCUUCGCCUGGAACAAGAGGAAUGUGUAUAAACAGAAGGUAUACGGCGAGGCCACGGCACUGGUGGCAGUCGGCUACGAGUACGUCACGUGUUCGGGCAUCCUGUGGGAGACGCUGACGGCGACGCUGCACGGCUUCCACAUGGAUAUUUCUGACGUGGGCGGAUGGAACCUCGAUAUCCAUCAUAUGUAUAACUUCGAGGCGGGCCUACUCCAGCGCGGCGACGGCUCCACCCUCAGCUUCCGUGAGGCCCCCCGGCUGGUGACCACCAUGAUGGGCACGGGCACGCAGCGGCCCAUCGUCUGCCGCCACUGCUCAGGAAUGGCGCAGGAGGCCCAGCUGCUCACGCCCACCAGCCUCGCCUCGGGUCCUGAUGGCUCGGUGUUCGUCGGGGACUUCAACUUGGUCAGGAGGAUCACGCCCGACGGACUGGCCUACACGCUCCUGCAGCUGAGCGCCACCCAGGUCUCCUACGGGUACCACAUCGCCGUGUCCCCCGCCGACGGUCAGGUCUACGUCACCGACCCGGAGAAGUACAAGGUUGUCCGAAUCCUAUCCCUCACCGACGUCACAGAGCCGAGCACGAAUUCGGAGACGGUGGCAGGGAACGGCGAGCGAUGCAUACCAGGUUUGUGUUAGAUUGUGAGGUUGAAUUGCGUGUCCUGUUAGAGUGAUUGUGAAUUGUGUUGAGGGUUGAGUAGGCUGUGAAUUGCGUUUAGUUUUGAUUUGGGUAAUUUACUGUUUUUUUUUCUUUCUUUCUUUGUUAUUGCAUGGUGACGUUUUGUAUUUGGUGUCAUAUUAUAAGCUAAAUUCAUAGUAUAUUAGAUACAGCGUUGGUUCGGCAGAAUAUUGUAUUGUGGUUAGUGUUA